CACUAGAAAACUGAUGUCCCUGUUUAGAAGGUAAGAGCCUCCGAGAGGUUUGGAACCUGUUGAGUCUGAUGCAUCUGGCGCCAGCUGAAUUUUAGGCAUGGAAAACACUAGCUUAAGGUGGCCAAAUUUUAUUCCCCGCCUGGGAUUUUGUCCCUUAGAAUCUCUGGGGACAUUAAGGAGCUCACUGAGGAGCUGCCUGAUAACUCUCCACCCGGCGCCGUCCUCGCUAACUCCCUGAUUGCUGUGGGCAACCUCAGCACCAUGACACCUGCUGUGGAGCCAGAGCUGGAGACCCACCUCCUUCGAGCUGCCCUGCACGCCGUCUUCACCCUGGGCAUGGAGAAGGACACCACCCAAGUGCAGGAUCUGCCUAGGGUCUUGCCAGACCUCCUGGACGCCAUGCUGGGGAACCUCCUGGCAGCGUCCCCAGACACCGACUGGCUCCAGUACAUCUUGGAGCACAUUAACUACUGGAUCGUGUCCAGGGUGCCACGAGAGAGAGCCAGGGCCGUUAAGAGCAGCACGGCCCUGCUCAGAUUCACCAUCACCCUCCCUGAGUUUGACAACUCAGCGGAAUUCCCCAGGAUGGGUCACCACAUGGCACAGCUGGUUCUGUCCGUCAGUGACCCAGCCAAGGACAUCAGCCAGCAGGCCAGGGAGGGGGUUUACCGGCUCUACCAGCUGCUGCUGCACCAGAGGGGUAAGGAACCCAGCUGGGAAAUGGCACCCGCUAGAAGAGUGAGACUGGGACCCCAGCCAAUUUCUCUCAGACUGACCCCGGCUGGAGGAUGAGUCUCUCUAUCUCUUUCUGUGUUCCACACCACGCCCUGCAAUUCUGUUGGGCCGGGCACGCAGCGAGGACUCUGCCCACUGUGCAGCCACCAAUGGGAUUGGAAGGACACAAGCCCUACAACCAGAAGGACAAAUGUGUGUGUCUCUCUCUCCCUGUCACCUACUCCCUCCUGGGGGAAACCCAGCAGCUGAUGGGGGACAAGAUGAGCAGCUGCAUUAGACUCAGGAGAUUGGGGCGGGGCCCAGGCCUCAUUCCCAUCCUGUGGCCAUUCGCUGGCCUGGCACAAGGAGCCUGGUGGGGAAUGAAAGGGAGAGCAGGUGCUCCUGGGAAGGAAGAUGAAUUCACCUCCAUGAGCAGGAGCGAGCCAGCUUGUCCCCGGAGCAGCUCCACCCAGCUCUUUAGCCAGGCUAAUUAAUGACAAGCUUUGCUUCAUCCCAGACUUAUGUUCUUAGGACAGGGUGCUAUCGCUCUUGGGAAGGGCAGGAGAGUCCCCCAAGUGCCCUCUGCGAGACUCUCCUGUCCCACAGGGCCGCACCCAAUUCCUAGUGGUCUGGUGUCUGUGUCACCCGAGCCACCACCCAGAGUUGCUCCCAUCACUGGCAGCCUGGGAGGCCAAGGACUGACGGGUGAUGGCGUCUGACCAGGCAGGGCUGAGGCACAUGGGCAGGGGACGCUUGUCCUGCUGCUGGCAAGGCUGGACCCCUUCUGGAGAGAACAGGAGGAUUCAGUCAGCUGUAGGGUUACCAUGUCUAAUAAAUAAAAAAAGAGGACCCUCCACGGGCCCUGACCCCGCCCAUUUCCCCACACCUAGCCCCGCCCCAACUCCACCCCUUC